AUUUCAUAAUUUUUUUUUUCAUGGCAUAGAUGGAAGUGCCACAAAACUAGCUGUAAUAUUUUGAGGUUAGCCAGUGUAUUUCCCUUAAUUUAACUAAAUAUGGAUUUAUCCAAAAUGCCCAAUCAGCAGAAAUUGUACCUUUGCAAGUGGUACUUUCGAGCGGGUUUUGCGGCGCUGCCCUUUCUAUGGACUGUAAAUGCAAUUUGGUUUGCGAAAGAAGCAUUUACAGCUCCUCCUUAUGAUGAACAGAAGCAGAUUAAAAAAUAUGUCAUAUUUUCUGGCAUAGGAGCUAUUAUUUGGACAGGCAUCUUCUUGGCAUGGGUUAUAACUUAUCAAACACAAAGGACGAAUUGGGGUGAAUUUGGGGACUCUAUAAGUUAUAUCUUUCCUACUGGCAUUCCUUGAAACUAUAUACAUUAGAUAGUUAAUAAUCCUAAUUUAUUUUAACAUACAUACAUGAACAUGAAAUGGUCACUAUGUAUGUAUUCAUUUUUAUAUAUUAAAAUUGCGUACUUGUCAAGAUUUUGGUACUUUUACUUAAAACCUUUGCCUCUCAAAGAAAUUAAACACAUUUUGUUUACAUUUCGCAGUAAUAUUUAAAAUAAAAAAAAGAGAAUAGGUGAAUACCUAAUGAUGUAUUCCUGAUUAUAGUUCCGUACGAUCAUUUAAUAUCUCAUCUAGGACAGUUACAACACAUUAUAAAAAUAUAAUAUGUAUUUUGUACAUUGGUGUUUGCAUGGAAAACUUCAGAAAUCAAUGGGACAUACGCUACGAAUAAAAUACAUAUCUAUCGUAUUCUUUUGUGCUUACUUAGCAAGUCGAUUUCUGGGAUCCUUUUAUGUUUUUUUACAGAAUUCAAUCACAUUUCCACCACAAGGUAUUUUCAUACAGUUCUGCGUCGUUGUGCAAACAACCGUAUAUCUCUAUACACCAAUCGUGACAGCAAC